UGCAAGCAUGGAGCCGCACUUUCCCACGACAUCGCUUCCGCGCGUCUUCCGCGAGAGCUUGGCCAAAGCCACCGAGGUCCGCGAGCCGCUUCGGCCGUCCCUCCCUCGGCACGCAGCCACGGCCAGCUCGACGCACCGCCGGCUGCCUCCCAACCCGUCGCCUUUGGUCCAGCCAAGAGCGUUUGAAGCUCCGUUUGGCACACAUCGUGGUGGUGCCAAGCCCAAGCCGCCGGUGACAACCAGCAUCGACCCGCGGGACGAGGCCGGCAUUCUAUUCCCGUACAACAACAUUGCCGACGACGAUGGGUCUCUCCAGCAAAUCAUGUGGGCCAAGUGGACCCACGACGACCCGAGCGACACGGAUUCCCACGGGGCGCGAACCAAGGACGCGUUUGUCUCGUUUGCCUUAUAUGCCCAAGUCAAGCUCCAAGAGGCGCAGCGCAUGGCCGCGUACUUGGAGCAGCCCAACCUCUUUGUGACGGCGGUCGCGAGCUCGCUUCUCCAGCGGUGCGCAGACCGGCUCGGGGCGUCUGGCGGCAUCAUCCACCAGCUCCUACAAGUGCUUCUUUCGGCUAUCUACCACCGCAAGGACGCAGAUGUGACGCCGGCGCGCCUCAACGUGGACCGCUAUGCGCCUUACUUUGCCGAAUACCGCCGACUGCGCCGGACGUGCGUCGACCUUCUCGAAGAAAAUACGCGCAAGCACAACGAGACAGCGGCGCGCAAGCAAGGGUUCGGCAAGAUCCAACGCGUCAUCCAGGGCACGACGCGCAUCUGGAAGCAUCGGUUGUUGCACUUUCUAUACUUUCAGUGGGCCUACUAUGUCUUCCGGCGGCGGCGCAUUCGACGCUUUGUGGACCGGACGUUUCGACACAAGAACCGCGGGCCCGUGCGCGACACCUUUCGCGCGUGGCGCAUCGAGGCACUCCGCCGCGCCUACUAUCGCGAGUCGGCCAACUACCAGACAAUGUUGUCUGUCACCGCCGAGUCGCUCAGCCGCAAGGACGUACAACUGACGAGCGCCACGGAAAAGAUCGCCAAGCUACAAAUGCACGUCGAUCAGCUCACAACCACCAACUCCAACUUGAUCACGCGGGUCCAGGACCUCGAGAGCCAAAUUCGCAUCUUGAAGCUCACGAUGCGGGGCAGUCUGACAGCGCCAGCGCAAGACCAUCCACCGCUUCUUUCGGCCAUGACGGCACCGCCCGCGGCAUACGAGCGCAUGGACACGAUUGUGUACGAGGACGAGCAGCCGCGGGACGACGGCGGCGGCGGGCGCGUCAACAAGAUGCUUCUCGAAGGCAUGUUUGCGAUGGCGCGCAUGGUCGAGUCGUCCGUGAUUCAGUUUAGCAAAGAGUCGCUCGAGGCGCUCGAGACGCAGUACGAUGGCGCCGAGUUGCGCCAGCUCUCCCGGCGUAUUGCCGAGGAACACGCGCAGAUCGACAAGAUCACGACGGGGUACCACGACGUGCACUUGACCAACGUCCUGAGCAAGCCGGUCGACACGAUCUUGCUGCAUUGGGCGCGCAUGAAGCUCGAGGAGAGCAAGAUUGUGCUGCGACCGCAAGACCGAAUGCUGAAAAACUUUACCGACGACUUGGCCGACGGCAGUAAAUUCUCGACGCUCUUGCACCACUUGUUUCCGCUCGACUACGACACCCACAUGGUGCACGAAAUCGAUGUCGAGCAGCGAUUGGCCAACAUUGAGCGCUUCAACAAAUCGCUGCGCGUCGAGUCUUCGAGCGACGUCAAAAUCCCCGCUAUUGUCACCGCCGACUCGAUCGCGGCCCAGCGCGGUCUUGAAAACGCCGUCUUUAUCAGCGUCCUCUUCACCCUCUCACCCGGACACUUUUCCAAGGUCAACACGGAGAAGUGCCGCAAGGUGUUUCUCCAAAUCGUCUCGGCGUGGAAAAAGGUGCGGAGCUUGAUGCUCGAGGUGAAGCGCAUGCCCGACGAUCCGCUCGGCGCCGAGAAUAUGAUGGUCGUGACGCUCGGCAAGGAAAUGCGCCGCGUCGAAGAGCUGCACACGCUGCUCCAGAAAGAGAUGACGUCGCUCGUGUGCGCGAGCAACGAGAGUGCCGGUGUUCUCUCCAAGCUCCUGCACAAGAUCUUGUGCUUUACGUGGCGGAUGUUGUCGCAGCGCGACCGCGGCGUCGACGGUGACAUCGUCGACGAGCGCCGCGCCGACACGAUUCGUAAAUUCACCAGCGUGAGCGCGGAUGCGAUUCGCCGGCUCAUUUCGGACGAACCGUCGGCGCGCCAUCGCAGCAUCUCGGACACGGAGGUCAUGACGCGCGUCUUCGGCAUCCAAAAAGUGCUCAAGCAGCACUUUAACGACCUCCACGCGAUCUUCCGCCACUACAGCUGCAGCACCUUGCGCGGCCACUCGGCGACCAUGAGUCUCCAAGAGUACAUCAAAUUCAUCAAGGACUGCAACAUUGUCGACAAGAAGGUGCACUUGCCCAUCGUUGACGCCAUCUACCACCACUGCGUCCAGGCCCCGGAUGACGGCACGGCGCAGCGCGAAAUGUCACCGAUGGACUUUGUGCAUGCGCUGAUUUUGGUCGCGGACAAAAAGUUUCCGAGCAUGGUCUUUGAAGAGCGGAUCCAGGAGCUUCUCGACACGUGCGUCUUGCCCAACGCGAGUCGGUCGCAACCCGAAGCGUUCCGCUUGCUCUUGCACUCGCCCGACGUGCGGGCCGUCUUUUUGAAAUUCAAGAGUCCGCUCCAGCACAUCUUCAAGUACUACUCCAACAUGAAGACAGACGACGAGAUGACGGCCGCGAGCAAGUCGAGCACGACCCUCGACGUCAACGAAUUCCUCAAUCUGGCCAAAGACUGCAAGCUCAUGGGCUUCUUUGUCACGGACGCGAUCGUCAAGCAGGUGUUCAUCCUUGUGCAGCGGCAGUACGACGACACCGAGACGCAAGUGAGCACGACAACGACCGACGACGAGCUCCAAAUCGACUUUGCCGAGUUUGAAGAGGCGCUGGCCGUGCUCACGGAGCAUGUCAUUUGCAACCCGUACAUUCCGCUGCACAAGCGCCUCGAGCAGUUUGUGACGGAAAUGGUCUUGCCCCGCGCCCGCCAAAAGAAACCAAAGGCGACCUCCGCUAGCACGACUCUAGUUAGUCGUUUAUACACGUAG